ACCAAUCGAAUUGCUUUUAAGGUCUUAAGAUGUAAAUAUAUCCGAGAAUAUGCUUUUCCACUACCAGCAAAGCUAAAAGAUUAAAACAGAUGUGUGGGGGUGUGGCACCAUAGAUCUCUUCAACUAAAUGUGUAUUUUUCAUAUGUAGUGUUUUCGUGUUCAUAUUUUGAUAAAUUUACCGUAAGAAUCUUUUACACUUUUUCUCGUUUAUUGUUCGCCUAAAGUAUUUUGCUAUGUCGUUGUUGAUUUUUUAGACUAUUGUUAAUAUUAAGUUCCAACAGGUAAGUGUUGCUUUUUUCUUUGUCUUUUACACGUGUUACCCGUUCAAUAAAGCUUGUCAGUCUCUCUUUAAUUUGUUUCAGAUGUUUUUAAUCCAGUGAUUACAUCUCCCUGGAAAAAUCAAAAGAAAUAUUUUCAAGGUUGUACAUAUAUUGUUAGUUACAAAGAAAUGAAAAUUUUCAUAAUCUGGAGAGUUUUUGCAGUUUUUCUCGUCGUAGAAGGACUUCCUCGACCAACUCCUGAUAAAAACAACAAACCAAGGAAACGAGAAAGCGUACCAUAUGGCUACCCAGAAGCAACAUCCGAACCUAACUAUUCAACUGAUCAGACAGAAGCAUUCACCGACACUCCUGGCUUCUCUGGAUCCAAUACGUACGAUCUGAAAUCAGCGAGCGAUGAAAAUUAUGCUGCCGACCAAAACCCCUUAACUGAUCAAGGCUAUUCAUCUAAUGCUCAAAGUGAAAAUAGUCAACAUACUGACUCUGGAACUACACAACUACCAACUGAAAAUACUCAGAUACAGAGUGACGUAAGCUCUCUACCUCAAGAAACAACAUUAUCUCCGUCUUAUGAAUAUGCGAGUGAAACCACUGAAACAACUACCGACUCGUCACAGGCACUCAGCCAAUCACCUUCUGUGACUUCUUACGAAACUAGCUCCACUGAACAAACCAACUCCGAUGCUUCUAGUGAACAGACAAGUUCAUAUGAUGAAAGUGCAUCAACUGAAGAUCAGACAACUGCUCAAGACUCAUCCACUUCCAAUGUGUAUGAUGACUACUAUAAAAACGAAAAUUUUAACCAAGACAUCGAAAAUUCUCAACAAUACAACUUGGACCAGGACAAUCCUCAAGGUACAACUACGUCAAACAUUCCCAACCCAUAUACAACCGAAAAUAAUGAUUCGGCAUCAGUCUACCUAUCGUCAUCAGCAACAGCGAACAUUCUAGACACCAAUCGUGUGGACGAUAAUAGGAAGUUAACUGAGACGAAUAAGGAAGCGACACUCGAUGGAAAUUAUACGACAACGUACCUCGAGCUACCGAAGAUUCUUCAUAAACCGGCUGUGGUUAAAUAUCUUGUCCAAAUUGCUCCAAAGAAGAAGGAUGUACCCAUUGAACAGAAAAUAGCAAUUGUGCCUCCUGACGUCAAUGGAGUCAAACGUGAACCGUUAAUCUUGUUGAAGCAGGUUAUUUCUCAUCCAACGGAGGAGCAUAUUAAUGUAAUUGUACCUAAGAGUAAUUCUGACGCUCCAAUGAAACCGAAGAUUGAAGUGAAAGGAGGCCACAUUGAUCAAGAAGUGUUAAACGUCGAGGAUACACGUGAUCCAGACCAAGAUCAGGGUGAAGUAGAUGUUCAGACUGCUGUUGAAACUGACUACGAUAAGGAUCAACAUCAAGGUCAAAACCAAGAUAAAUUGUGUCAUGAUGAGGAUGCAUGCAGAUACUAUAAUCCAAAUUUGUGUAACAAGAUCUGGAUGAAAGAUAAUUGUAAGAAAAUGUGUGGAUUGUGUAUUGCACCGGAUAAUCUCGAUAAAGAAAUGUCAUUGUCGUCAUAUUUGUCAGACAGUACCUCUCGUCAAAAAUAUUGCAAGUACAGCGGUAUAGUUCAUCAACACGGUGAGACAUGGUCACCUGGUCCCUGCGUGCCAAAAUGUCUUUGCAAUAAUGGCGAUAUAAAGUGCUCUAAACUCGAAUGUCCUGAUUUAAAUUGCGGUAGACCAAUAAAAAGACGCUGGAAAUGCUGUCCCGAGUGUUUACCCAGUUCAGGCAACGAGACCUCUUCUGUUAGAUGUGGCGUGGAAACGAACGGUGGCAAUGGAGAAAACUUUUGUUGUGUCUUUCCCUUCAACUAUCGUGGUGUCGAUUAUUUUAGAUGCACAACCACUGACGCAGAAAAACCGUGGUGCUCGGUUACGCGUAACUACGACCGUGAUGGCUUGUGGGGAAAUUGUGUUGUUAAAUUAUCAGCCACUAGCCAGAAUCAAGAUGAGACAAAUGAGAAAGCUGCAUCUAACUUAGCACCACAGCUGUCAAGAGCAGAAAAUGGCGAGACUCAACAAACAAUCAAGUGACCAAUGCGCUAAAGAACCUAACAAAUUCUUUAAACAAAGAUCAGAAUGGUAAAUCGUUGACUUCCAAAUCUUUCAAUGAAGAUCAGAAUGGUCAAUCGUUGACUUCAAAUCUUUCAAUGAAGAUCAGAAUGGUCAAUCGGCGACGAAUGAUGAACUAGAUUAUUUUGGUGUUGAUGGAACAAACCAGGAACAUGAAAAUGCAGUUUGGAAGAAUGAUUCUCGAGAUGAUUAUUAUAAAAACUUUGAAAAUGAUUUUUCUCUGGUAAAUGACGUGGUGGAUGCAAAGAAACCGUUAAAUUACGUCGACAGCAACGCCAGAAAUUCUUCCUCCACAAUAACUUUAUCGAAUACAGCAUUGAACUCGUCGUACGCUUUAAAAACUGAACAAUAUUUCCAAACAAACAGUACUUUUCUGAAGAUUUGUCACGUUCUACUUCUCAAUGGAAUAAUAUCCCGUAUCCUAGUCUUACCUCAAACCAAACUACUCCGCCAUAUGGAAAUGAAUCUUUACAAAGUGUUCAAUCGUUCUUUAGCAGCUCUAACCCUGAUGUUUCUACAAAACCAGAUUCGUAUCUUGUUCAGCUGAACUCAACUCAACCAACAACAACAACCAGUCAUGAUUUAAAUGAAUCUACUGAUUUUCAGUCGAGUUUACGUUAUAACCAGCCAAUAGAUGGUAAUUAUGGACAGGAGAGUAUUUCAAGGGACACGACAGAUAGUACGGUACCGCUGAACUAUACACAACCAAGAACAACAACCAGUCAUGAUUUAAAUGAAUCUUCUGAUUAUCAAUCAAGUUUAUAUCAUAACCAGUCAAUUGAUGGUAAUUAUGAACAGGGUAUAGCAAGAGACACGACAGACAACACGGUUCCCAAUGGGAUAGAGAAGCAGACAUCAUAUGAGAUGAACCCGAAUGCAAGUACGGCUCAAUAUGAUAAUGAUAAAUCUUCAAAUACGUGAUGUGAAAUGAGACAUAAAUGAUUCUGCUAUCCCCCAGGAAUGGUUUGUGAUUUCAUUGAAUCAAUAUGGAUAUACGAGUAUGAUUUGUUAUUUUUAUUUGAGUUCUUUACUUGUAAAACUCCAAACUUGCUGCUUUGAAUAGUACGUUAUCAACUGUCCUGAAACUUUCACUCUAGAUAAUUAGUUAAAUUACUGUUGCAAAUCUAUAGUUAUAUUUAUCAUAAAUUAUGGUCAGAAAUUUGCCAGGAAAAAUUUUGAUAGAAAUAUGUAUACGCAAUCUUGUUAUUUAUAAUAAAGUUUUACGAAAUUAGCCGUAUGAAAGUAAUAGUAAUGGCUGUACGGAAAAUUAUACUCUGGACUAUCAUAUUUAUAUAUUAAAACUCAAAUCAACACUCAGACAAUCCUAAAUUUUUAUUCACACUUUUUGAUUAGUGUGUACCGGAUACUUUUUCAAAUAUUUGUACAAUAAUUUAGGGUCGUGCGCGAAAUUAUCUCAAUAAAAUUUCAAAGAUGUCAA